CUGUAGAGGAUUCAUCCAAUGCCAGAGUGGCAUUUUGUGUUCUGUGAUUUUUUUCCGUCUUCUUUUCUCAUCUCUUCUCUUCCGUGUGAAUAACUUAAUUUGAAUUCCGAUUUCGGCAAUUCAUAAUCGUCGAUUUCUUCUGAAAUAUAUAUAGGGCACAGGUCCUGAAGUACCGUUAUAGGUAGAGAAUGGCAUGUAGGGGAUGCUGGGAAUGCCUUUUGAAGCUUUUGAACUUCAUAUUGAGCCUCACUGGUCUUGCCAUAGUGGGCUAUGGAAUCUAUCUUUUUGUUCUAUUCUCUAAAGCUUCAGAUGAUAACACUCCAGAUAUCUCGCCUGUCAGUGAUGAUUCUUCUCUGAUUCAACUAGGCCGGCCCAUGCUUAUGGCCGUGUCUCUAUCAGAUAGCUUUCUUGAUAACUUGCCUAGGGCUUGGUUUAUUUUCUUAUUUAUUGGUGUGGGAGUAGUCCUCUUUCUUAUUUCUUGUUUUGGAUGUAUUGGAGCUGCAACAAGGAAUGGAUGCUGCCUGAGCUGUUAUUCAAUUUUGGUGGCAUUGUUGAUCUUGGUAGAGCUGGGAUGUGCAGCCUUUAUAUUCUUUGACAAAAACUGGAAAGAAGAAAUUCCGAAAGAUAAAACUGGAGAUUUUGAUGCAAUAUAUGGAUUUCUGAGUGAGAAUUGGAAUAUUGUGAGAUGGGUUGCUCUCGGAAUUGGCAUCUUUCAGGUAAGCAAGAAGUUGUAUGAUUGACAUUCCUCUAUUGUU